CCACCACUCCCCCCCCCCCCCCCCCCCCCCCCCCUCGACCCAGAUGCGACCGACUCCUACCGGUACAAGUGGCAGCACUGCUGGUGGUGGUGAACUGAGUCGUGGUGGACUCGCCCGCUUCCGCUCUGCUCCCGCCAGCUGGUUAGAGGCACUUCUCGAGGACGACGAAGAAGACCCCUUAAAGCCCAACCAGAGUUUAACUCAGUUACUUGCAGCUUCCAACUCUUGCACUCCCACUCCCACUUCCAGAGAAGAAUCCGCCACCUUUGAUUCUUCCUCCGCCGAUCCCGGCCUCUUUGACUCCGGUUCCUCCCCCGGCAUCGUCAGGCAGAAUAGCUCUCCAGCUGAGUUGCUUCAGAAUUCGAGUCUUGGGUCUGAAGGCUACUUCUCCAACUUUAGUAUUCCAGAAAAUUACAACUAUGUGUCGCACAAUAUCGACACUCCUCCCGGUAGUAAGCGGGCGAGGGAGGUUGAAGCUCAGCACUUGACUCCAGCAAAGUUUUCAUCUCGGCCGAAAGGGGAGCAAAGCGGUCAGGGACCUGAUGGGGUGGGUGGUCUAAGAGAUGUGGAGAUGGAAACGCUUUUGGAGGAUUCCGUUCCUUGCCGGGUUCGGGCAAAGCGUGGUUGUGCUACACAUCCCCGUAGCAUCGCAGAGAGGGUUCGAAGAACACGAAUAAGUGAUCGCAUAAGGAAGCUUCAGGAACUGGUGCCCAACAUGGAUAAGCAAAUAAACACUGCAGAUAUGUUAGAAGAAGCGGUAGAGUAUGUUAAGUUUCUUCAAAAGCAGAUUCAGAAUGCAUAUUGUUCACAAAUCGAGACUUCCGGAACAUUGCAGGAACUCUCAGAUCAUCAGCAGAAAUGCAAAUGCAUAGCCAAGGAUUAAGCAGAAGAAUGUAUUAAAAUAGCUCCCAGAAUGGUGUAAUUACAUGAUUUUUGAGGUUUCAGUCAAGGUUCGCCAUAUUGAUUUGCCAUUAAUAUUCUCUGUGACCUAUAAAAAAAAAAAAAAAAAAAAAUUUAAUAUUCUCUGUGCUCUCAAAUAUUCGCUUUGUAAUUACAAGAUCAAGCACACUCCCCUUUGAUAUGUAGAUUUCAGGUUCCAUAAUUGAAUCUAUAAUUGGGUCUCUAAUUCUGACUUGGAAAAAAAUGUUGUAGUUGCCCAAUUGCUGUUGCCCGAAUUCCCUUAUUUAAGAUUGUAUUUCUUUCAUAGUCACUUCCAUGUUUACGGAAAA